ACCUAUCAAACACCCGGCACGAAGUUUGACGUUUCGGCCGAAGCUUGACAGAACACCGACCAAUCAGCAAGCACCAGCAAAUGCUAAACACAAGACGAGACAAGACAAAAAAAAAACACCACGCCGCCACUACUAGACCGAAUCACUGUGAUAAAAGUGGGCAAGUGUUUUAGUUCAGUUUCCAGAUGAAAUUUUGAGUAAAACUCGCUACGAAAAGCCAACACGGGCGGCGUACUGGUGCAUAGAGAGCUUGGGACGAUAAAAAACUCCUACUGUGUUAAGCGUACACAACGAACAGAGCAUGAAGCCGUUCGAUUUCUGCUACACCCUGCUGGUCGGUGCUGCCGUACUGCUGCUCGUUGCUGACGAUGCACUUGCCGGGAGGGAUUUCUACAAAAUUCUAGGCAUCCGAAAAACGGCUAGCAAAAAUGAAAUUAAAAAAGCUUACCGAACACUAGCGAAAGAGCUGCACCCGGACAAAAACAAAGACGAUCCGGAUGCGUCGCAAAAGUUCCAGGAUUUGGGUGCCGCCUACGAGGUGCUGUCCGACGACGAUAAGCGAAAGCUGUACGAUCGGUGCGGCGAGGAGUGCGUCAAGAAGGAGGGCAUGAUGGACAACACGGAUCCGUUCGCGCAGUUCUUCGGCGACUUUGGGUUCGGGUUCGGUGGUCAGGAACAGCGGGAAACGCCCCGCGGCGCUAACAUUGUGAUGGAUCUGCACGUUACGCUGGAGGAGCUGUACAGCGGGAACUUUGUGGAAAUUACCCGCAACAAACCGGUCAUGAAGCCGGCGUCCGGUACGCGCAAGUGUAACUGCCGGCAGGAGAUGGUAACGCGCAACCUUGGCCCGGGCCGGUUCCAGAUGAUGCAGCAGACGGUGUGUGACGAGUGUCCGAACGUGAAGCUAGUGAACGAGGAGCGCACGAUCGAGAUCGAGAUCGAGCCGGGCAUGGAGGAUGGCCAGGAGACACGGUUCUCCGGCGAAGGUGAACCGCACAUGGACGGUGAUCCGGGCGAUUUGAUUCUGAAGAUUAAAACCGUCCCGCACGCGCGCUUCGAACGACGGGGCGAUGAUCUGUACACGAACAUCACGAUCAGUUUGCAGGAUGCGCUGGUUGGCUUUACGCUCGAUAUUGUGCACCUGGACGGGCAUAAGGUGACGGUAACGCGGGAAAAGGUUACGUGGCCCGGAGCGAGAAUACGGAAGAACGGGGAAGGCAUGCCAAACUACGAAAACAACAACCUGCACGGUACGCUGUACAUUACGUUCGAUGUCGAGUUCCCGAAAUCGCAGCUAACUGACACGGAAAAAGAAGACAUUAAGAACCUGCUUAAUCAACCGUCGAACAACCGAGUGUACAAUGGGCUAAGAUACUCAUAAACAUGUGUCAAUUGCGCACAUGCUCUCACAGUGGGAUUUGGGGAUCGUUUGCGCAUGGAAAAGUAGUUCAUUUGAUGCCGAUUUUUCCACGCGUCCACCCUCCAAAAAACCAUUACCGAAAUAGGCUGAUAACAAAUUUAGAGUGUUUGUGCAUCUAGAACAAAGGCUACUAUGCUACUACAACGAGACUACAUAGAUGGCGUCACAAGUUCCCCACGCCCCGAAGAACGCUGCCCUAAUUAAUUAGCUUUUUCCCGGUUCUUUUUGCUGUGUGUUUGCUGCCCCACUCGGACGAUAUCGUUUGGACCGUUUUUGUGUCCCACGAAAGCAAAAGAGGCAGAAAGAGGGAGGGUGUAUUUAUUAUCUAUUGCGUUUGCCCGGCAACCAAACAAAAAAAAAAAAAGAAUGGGGGAAAGAAUCAGACAAUUGGUACUAUUUUUCGGUUCCGGUUUCCGGUUUUUUUUUCUUCUGUUCCUGUUCUUGUGUUUCGUAAGACGAUGAUUGUGUGUACAUAAUGAUUUGUGUCAAUAAAUAAUACCGACAAAAGUUUUGUGUGGCGCAUUUUUAUAUGGGGAAUAAAAGCAAAUUUACUAUGUGAA